UAGCCGCCCCUGCUUCUUUAUUUGCUCCUCUUAUAGCAUAGGCUACUACCGCUUGCUGUCCAGUUUCACUUCUCGAGUUCAAUUCAACAUGUCCGCCCAGUGUGACACCACACGCAUCUGCGAUACAUCACCACCAGCAAACAUCGGAUUUCCAGAGCUUGUUUCCCAGCCGACGCCGGCUCUGGCGUCGGAGCCAUCAUCUCCGACUUCUCCCGGGCCGGCGGAGCCAUCGCCUUCUCCGGUGCUAGCGCCUCCUCCUCUGGAUUCAUCGAAUCCGUCAGCUGCGCCACCUACUGCUCAGAAUUCUCCGACGCGGCCACCUUUCCAAAGCGCGCCGGAGCCGGCGCCUGCUCCUCUGGAAUCAUCGAAUCCGUCGGCCUAUGGACAGCUACCCCCGCCGGAUCCAACAGGGCCACCUGUCCAUAGGUCAGCGGUGGGCAUUGCUGCUGGCUCCGCGGCCGCGGCCGCCAGUCUGCUAGUGCUAGCACUGGGUUUGUGUCUCGUUCUUCGGAAGAGGCGCGCUGGCCGGGGCGGCCGUGCGGCAGCAGGCAGCAUACCAGUUAUCAGUUCCGGUUCAUCAGAAAAGGAUCCGUCAGUCAACGUUUACCCUCCAAAAUCUCCUGUAGCACCGCGUGGACCGCUGAAGCAGCAAUCCAUUGAACUCUCGCCACCGCUGACGUCGUCGGGCUCGUCGGCAGCUCACUUAGCUAUUUCCCGCGAAAGCUUCAAGAGUCACCACCCACGCCCACAUGGCGAACCGCGCGGGCAAGCCGUGCCUGGAGGUGAGAUCCACUUUAGAGGCGAGUUUGCGUACGGGGAGCUGGCCGCCACCACUAACGGCUUCGCCGUCUCGAACCUCAUCGGCUGCGGCGGCUUCGGCGAUGUGUACAUGGGUACGGUGGACGGCGCCGCGGUGGCGAUCAAACGGCUGCGGGUGGGAAGCCAGCAAGGGGACCGGGAGUUCCAGGCUGAGGUGCAGAUCAUCAGCCGCGUGCACCAUCGGAACCUCGUGUCACUCGUCGGGUACUGCGUCGGCGACAGCGGCCAGAGUCUGCUCGUCUACGAGUUCAUGCCCAACAUGACGUUGGAGUACCACUUGCAUGGUGGAGUACAAACAAUACUUGAUUGGCCAGCUAGAUGGAAAAUUGCUGUUGGAGCUGCAAAGGGCCUAGCCUAUCUGCAUGAAGACUGCCAUCCUAGAAUCAUCCACCGUGACAUCAAGGCAUCCAACAUCCUACUUGAUCAUGACUUUAAUCCCAAGGUUUCAGAUUUUGGUAUGGCCAAAUUCAUGCCAGGUGGACAUACUCACAUCUCAACAAGAAUCGUUGGAACCAUUGGGUACCUAGCACCAGAGUAUGCCAGUUCCGGCAGGCUUACCGAGAAAUCCGACGUGUUUUCGUACGGAGUUGUGCUGCUAGAGCUCAUUACCGGCAUGAACGCGGCCAUAUCAGUACAUUCUGACACGGAUGACACCUUAGUUGACUGGGCAAGGCCAUUGCUCACACGGGCGAUAGAGCACAGCAGCUACGAUGAGCUCGUGGAUCCACUGCUGGCGAGCUUCGACACGCACAGGAUGGCGCGGCUGGUCAGGUGCGCCGCCGCGGCCGUGCGUUCGGCCGCACGGCGCCGGCCGCGAAUGAGCCAGAUCGUCCGGUACUUAGAAGGCGACACCUCCGCGGAGGAGAUCGACGCGUGUGACGAUAAUCGGUUCUCCGGUGAGAGUGGUUCUUCUCACGGGGACACGACGGUGCAAUUUCAUCCCGUGAGAUACAACGAGAUCAGGAAGGGAAGAGAGGAGAGGUCAGCUUGCGGCACCAACGUUAGGGCAUUUACUCAUCGCUCGCAAAUUUGACAUAGGAUUCAUUACAGUUUGAGAUUCUUCAACAUUAAGUGGAUGGCAUCACAAGUGUUUUAUAGGUGAUAAAAAUGCCUUUACAAUGUGUAUGAGCCAAUUUUCACUGUUUUUGUUUUACACGAUCAAUUCGUAACUAUUUGGCUCGAUCCUAUUUAUUCCACAUUUGUUAUCGAAA